CAUCGAUCCAAAAUAACGUUUUCCUAAAUCCAUCAAAAGAAACUUUCAUCUCCCAAUGGAAGCUUCAUUUGCAUUCCUUAAAAACAUAUCUCCCUUUCUGAGUGUUAUCAUUGAUGUUGCCGGAGAGGAAGCUUAUCAUCUCCAGCCGAGAUUGUUCGCGUUGUCGCAGAGACCAGUGUACCCAUCUUCUAAGCCAGCAAAAGAUUGGGACAAGCUGGAAGCUGAAGUGAAGAAACAGGAGAAGGAUGAGAAUCUUGAUGGAGAUGCGGCUAUGAACAAAUUUUUCAGCGAUAUAUACUCAAGUGCAAAUGAGGACAUGAGGCGAGCUAUGAACAAAUCAUUUGCUCAAUCAAACGGGACGGUACUGUCGACAAAUUGGAAAGAAGUUGGGACUAAGAAAGUGGAGAGCACAUCACUAGAUGGAGUCACGCUUCAAGCGUUUCUUUCUCCGACAAGAAAUGGUAACUUUUGUAAGACGUCACCCAAAGCUUUGAUAUCUCCGACUAGGGUGUGCAAUAAGUCGCAGAAUCUGUCAACGGCUGCAAAGCUCAGGAGGUCAUUUUCGCCAUCAAGACUAGCUAUGAGGCUGGUCUCUCCAAUGAAGAGCAGGAAAAGUGUAGCCAAGUGUGAUGAUCAUGAGAUGGUGAGUGGAUUGAAACAGCGUCCGGUUUUAGUUCCCAAGAGAUUCUCGAUGGGGAGAAUCUAAUAAGAGAGAGUUUUAAAUGAAAGAAGAUAUUCUUUUAGUUUUUGAUGUGUUUGUGUAUUGUUGAUUAGUUAAUUUUUCAGAUGUUUGAUCGUCAAGAAAAGUGUAUGGGAGAA